UGUACCUCUUAGGAUUGAGGGCAAGUAGUUAUUUGGUUAUGUUACCAUUUUCAGGGAUAUUCUAUCCGGUUAAAAGAAGUUGCAAACGAUAGUGUGUUCGAGUACUGUAUACCCGUUUUCAAACAUUAAUCAUUAUUUUUAAGUUGAUACACAUAAAUGUUCAAAUGGAGAUUAGCAAAUUGCGAUUGAGGGUUGUCCCCCAUUUUAUUCCGUGUUCCUUUCAAGUUCUGUCAAAUGAAUGCUGCAAAAGGAUUGUCGUUUACUACACACCGCCUUCCACUGCGAGGAAUGCAUAUAUUAAAACGACUGGAUCACAUGGGCUAUCGUCAUUGAACAGCUGCACCAGUUUCCUGAUUCCAUGGAAAUAUUUAAAAAAGGCAAACCAGCCAUCGCGGAACUUCUGCUAUGCUUAUCAAAGUUGUAAGGAAAAGAAACCGACCGGAUUGUCCUUGCAUGCAACUGGGGAUGCGGAAAGAAUGUUGUCACACUGUUACAGCUGUGAAGCGGAAGGCUGCUCCGGACCUCAGAAACUAACAAAUGGAACAGCAAAUGUAUUUUUUAUGCUGUUGUUGCCAAAGCGUUCCCCCCUCCUCCUCCUCCUCCUCCCUUCCCCUUCCGUUUCCAGUUUCGAGACUGCAUUUCCACAGGCUGUUGCUUCGUGUCACUGACAUCACGUCGACGGUGACAAGAACAUCGAGGGCGAGAGCAGAAGUGACUUUAAAAACCAGGCACUGCCCAGGGCUCGGCUUCAUCUCGGCGGGAUUACUGAGCGACCUUCGGGACUGAUCCGGUUUGGGAAAGGAAUAUGCCACGCUAGUGAAGGAUUAAUGUGUGGAAAAGGGUAGAAUUUGAAUGCGCGGCGCAUUGCCGUUGUGCUUGCUGCGAUAAACUAUGAAGAUGCAGUGAAAGUCUUUUGCACUUCAGAUUAUUACCAGGACAUCGACUGAAAGCGAUUCCAUUGAUUUUGGCUUCGACUUCGUGCUCCCACUUUUGGUCCUACGUUACACUUGGAAGGAGCGGUUUGGGAUUUGGCCUGAUCCCAUCGCAGUGCCCCCACUCCGGAAAACCAUUCCACUAAUCUGAGGCUCCUCAACUCUGAUCUGACGUAGCAUUUUCUCUUCAUUUACCAUCCUCUCCGCCGGCCAUCAAGUUUCCUGCCGAGUGGAUUUGGCUCCAACCUCUACCGAAAGCCUCUGUCCCAGUUCUGUCUGACGGCGCGAUGGGGAGUGUUCCUCAUGGCUACUUUUUCUGGCAGAUGCAUCUCUGUUCGCCAGCACCACCUUCUUACAGUUAUACAUCGGACAGAUCAUAGCCACGGGCCAGGACGAUCUACAUCUGGUUCUGAACAUCCUUACAGCUGCAGUAUUUGUGACCUUCCGAACUGUCCGCUUCUUAAUUUCUCCAAUUCCAAAUCCGAAUCUCACCCCCGCCCUAAACUCUAAACUUCACUGAACUACGCAGGGUCCUGUUUAAUUGAAGUUUGCUUCACUCUCUUCAUAGUGUAUCGCCGCCUCCUUACACAUAAGCACAUUUUGUGUGGGUGUGUGUGUGUGUGUGUGGACGGGACCUCUUUUUGCUUUUUCUCCUCGGUCUGGAUUUCCCCCGCCGAAAUGAAGGCCUCCGGUGUGAGGAAGAUUCGGAAGAACGAGAAGGUGGAUGAAGCCCAGGCUUUGGCUCGGAGCUGUGCGGGGAGACCAGACUUCCAGCCUUGUGACGGCGUCUCCAUCUGUGCCACCCACAGCCAUGGCAAGUGCUUCAAGCGGCACUGGUGUUGCCACUUGGGGUGGUGUCACUGUAGAUAUAUUUAUCAACCUAUGACCCCGGUAGAGCAUCUCCCAAGCACAUCAAUCCCGAUCAGCACAAGCGGCCAUACAGAUACCAUCCAGCUGUCCAUCUCGCUGACGGAGCGUUUUCUAAAGACUUCUUCCUUCCUCAGGCCUCCAUUCACGCCCGACGCACCGAGAUACUGCACCAUUUCCAAACUCUUUGUUGACAGCUAUCGGGUCAAAAGGAUUAAUGGGAAGAUGUGCUAUGUUCAGCGUCAGCCUCAACCAGCCCCUGUUGUGCAGGACCAAAAGGCUGGAGAUUACGUCAGUCAGACGACCUCCGUUUGUUCAAAGGGGCCAACCGUGGCAGACAAGGUGACUGUCCCACAAAUGAACCAGUGCUCCUCACCAUCUGCCUCAGAGGAUUCCGGGAUAAAUGCUUUAGGGCUCCACUACCCAGAAUCAUGUGAUGACGACACAGAGGAGGAUGAGGAUGAAGAUGAACUGAGUUCAGAUGAUGACUCUACUCCAGAGAGUCAGUGGGAUCCAGAUGAUUGUGCUUUGCUUUCUCCUUCUCAAUCCGCCAUGGAAAUUAUUGAAAAAAUUGAAACUACUGUUUAAGUUAAAGCAGCAAGGAAGCUUUCCUGCUAUCUUCAUUCAUUCCAGACAAAACAGAUACAACCAAGGUUUAUGAAUUCCAAGAUAAAUUGAAGAUGUGCUCAGUAUUUCAUAUAAUUGUUUUGAAGUAAUUAAAGACAGAAACUGAUAAAGCUUUCUCAAUUAUAAAAUAGACAACUAAUUAAAAUAUAAUGCAUGCAGAUGGUAGGUGAAUGAUUGCUAUGUCAACCUAGUGAUUUAGACUGUGGAAAGACCAAAGGGGCCAAGACUUUUGAAGCUGCCAAGCACAAUAUCAAAGCUGACAACUUUUUAAUCCAGUUCUUUGACUCUGGCAUUGUCAUAAUUCGAACAUCACACUCAAGCACAAUUGAACACACAGCACCAUUUGUACAAGUCCAGACUGUGUUUCCCUUCUGACAGGGGCGGGGGGUGCUGGAAGUAGUGGGGAGGAGGAGAGAAGAGUAAAGACACAAGCAGAUAAUUUACAGUAUAUUAGGAUUAUGCCAGUCACGGAGAGCAUCACACAAAAUGUGCAUUCAAAAAGAAAAUCACCUUUUCCUAAGUCACAGAUCAGUGAAGACAUUAGGGUCUAAAGUCUUGUUGUGCAACAUGUCAAAUGAUUCCAUCAAUCCAAUAAUUUGUAGAUAUAAUGCUGAAUGAGUUACAUUAACCCCGCAUGAAAAAGUGCUUUAAUUUUUAAGGUACUUGUAAAAUAUACAUUGUCAUUAACACAAUAUUGAUUGUCAAGUAUUUUUAUUGAUGUUUACAUUAUUAGGAUAGAUACGUUUGAUUACAUUAUUUGACUUGCUCUGUGCUGUUUUUGUAUUAUACACAAGAUCAUAGGUAAAAUAAACUACUGGUUCAGGAUU